AUGUCUGCCGGUGGGAUAGCUGACCAAGAGCUGCUUGCGAUUGCUCGCAAGCUCUGCGCCACGGUGGAUAUCCGAACGCGCUUCUAUCGCCUCAUACCGUACCACAAUUCGUUCUUAGGAUCGGAUUUGGUGCACGCGAUGAUCAAACUAGAGUUGGCUAGCGACGAAAACUUAGCUAUCAG